AUGAAGCCUUCCGAGAAAGAGAUGAAGGACCCAACCGUCGCCGACACAAUGAAUGACGGAAACGAAGAUUUCGCGGUCGGGAGUACAGAACAACUCGCGCCGACGAAAUACACCAUGGGCAAAUUUUACCGAAGUGUGCUUUUCCAAAUGGUGUUGUUUGGAUGCCUCUCCUUCGUCGGCCCCGCCAUGUCGGACGCAAUCAGCAACCUCGGUGGCGGCGGUCUGUCCUCCCCGUGGCUCGCCAAUCUCGCGAACUCACUCAAUUACGCAUGCAGUUUCCUUGUCACUAUUAUUGGAGGCCCUCUUGUCAACAAAAUAGGAAUUAAGUGGGCAUGUUUCAUUGCCGCGCUAGCAAUGCCGCUGUAUGGAAGUGCGUACUAUGUUAAUGCGAGGUUUUCGGUUGACUGGUAUUUGCUCGCCUCAAAUAUAAUCGGAGGAGUUGCUUCUGGUUUCCUCUAUGUGGGUGAAACGACGGCUAUGUUGUCCUAUCCUAGCCCUGAGGAUAGGGGCUUUUACCUUGGUAUAUGGUCCGCAAUGCGCAACUCAGGCAGUGUCAUAGGCGGUGCAAUCAACUUCUCGAACAAUCAUUCGCAAUCAACAGGCGGCGGAAUCGCUUGGGUAACAUAUCUGAUAUUUUUGGGUUUUGAAUGCACGGGAGUCAUUUGGGCCCUGCUCCUUUCCAAGACAGCGAAAGUGCGGCGCCGCGACAACAGUAAAAUCCUCAUAUCGAAGAUGCAAACAUGGAAGCAGGAGUUUGUUUCUCUGGGUCACUACCUCCGGGAAAGCAAGACAUGGCUCGUAUUCGUACCCGCCUUUUACUCCUUCUUCUACGGUGGCACAUUGGGAACCUACCUUUCACUGCACUUCUCUGUCCGCUCGCGUGCCCUCUCCUCGCUUAUCGUGCCAUCUAUAACCAUCCCCUCCGUCAUCGGGUUCGGUAGAUUCCUCGACAAUCAGCGUUGGUCGCAACGUACCCGCGCCUGGAUUGCGUUUAUGUUAUGGGUCAUCCCGCAGACUGCUUGCUUCAUAUGGAUCAACAUUGAGAACCAUCAAUUGGGCAAGAAGUCGGCUUUGGACUACAGUCUCGACGGCUCCCGCUGGGCUAAAGCCUACAUGCCCUACCUAAUCAUCUUUGUCUCCGGAUACUGGACCCAACUCACACUCUACUGGGUCCUCGGGACCUUCUCGAAUAAAACCGAAGUUCAAUCGCGCGCCGGAGGCGUCUUCCGCGCCUUCGAAGUGGCAGGCCAGGCCAUCAGUUAUGGAAUCAAUUCGAACAAGACCGUCGGCUACGAGGCCAGUUUGUAUAUUAAUACUGCGCUUCUGGUCCUUGUGGUUCCAGCUAUGAUUGCAUUGAUAUCCAAGGUACCUCUGCGGCCGAUGGUGGAAGAGGCGAGGGGCUUGAAUGAGGCUGAGGGGAGGGCAGGAGAGGGCGAGGUAGGGAAGGGGGAGUGA